CAUAAAUAAAAACCAAAAGACCCAUCUGCAUCACCAUCUCUACUCUCUAAAGAAUUAACAAGUUAUGUACCAAUAAAUAAUAGUAAUAAAAAAGAAGGUGCUCUUGGAUCCAGAUCUUCCUGCUUUUCUUCUAUAAACAAAACAUGGGGUUCCACCCUCUACAAUCCCAAAACAGAUCAUUUGUUCUUUCUCCUCUUCUUCUUCUUCUCCUUCUUCUUCUCUCUUAUUGUUUACACCAAUGCCUGCAAUUCUAAGUAAUCUCUUACUUUCUCCCAAUAAAUUCUUCUCCUCCUUCACCUUAGUAGUACUUUUCUUAAUAAACUCUAUUGUUUUCUUUCAUUCUUGUUACUCUAUUGAUGUACAAGGCCAAGUUCUUCUGUCAUGGAAGAACAGCCUAAGCAGCUCAACAACAGGUGUGUUAACUACUUGGAGUCAUUUAGACUCCACUCCAUGCAAUUGGGUUGGGAUUCAUUGCAAUCCAAAAGGAGAGGUUGUGGAGAUAAGUUUGAAGUCAGUGGAUUUGCAGGGUCCAUUGCCUUCAAAUUUUCAGUCUCUGAAGUCCUUGAAGACUCUUCUUCUGUCAUCAACCAAUCUCACAGGAACAAUCCCAACAGAGUUUGUGGAUUAUCAUGAGCUGAGCUUGAUUGAUUUGAGUGACAAUUCUCUAUCAGGUGAAAUACCAGAAGAGAUUUGCAGACUUGUUAAACUUGAAAGCUUGUCUCUCAAUACAAAUUUCUUUGAAGGUGGGAUUCCUUCUUGUAUUGGAAACCUCACAAAUCUUGAGAAUUUCACACUCUAUGACAAUCAAUUGAAUGGGGAGAUUCCAAAGAGCAUUGGAGCAUUGAAAAGUCUGCAAAUUUUUAGAGCAGGUGGAAACAAGAACCUGAAAGGAGAGGUUCCAUGGGAGAUUGGAAACUGCACAAACUUGGUCACUUUAGGCCUCGCAGAAACCAGCAUUUCCGGGGGACUUCCUUCAUCAAUUGGGUUUCUGAAGAGGAUAGAAAUUAUUGCUAUUUAUACUUCAUUACUUUCAGGUUCAAUCCCAGAAGAGAUUGGAAACUGCAGUGAGUUGCAGAAAUUGUACUUGUAUCAGAAUUCGAUAUCUGGCCAAAUCCCACGAAGAAUUGGCGAGCUCAGAAAGCUUGAGAGUCUUCUUUUAUGGCAGAACAGCCUAGUGGGUACCAUCCCAGAUGAGCUUGGAAGCUGCAGCGAGCUCACAGUCAUUGAUUUAUCAGAAAAUCUUCUUACAGGAAGCAUUCCAAGAAGUUUUGGGAACUUAUUGAAGCUUGAAGAGCUUCAGCUCAGCGUGAACCAGUUAUCCGGUGCCAUUCCCGUCGAAAUCUCAAAUUGUACUUCCUUGAUUCAUCUUGAAGUGGACAACAAUGUCAUUUCUGGUGAGAUUCCUCCUCUUAUUGGCAACUUGAAAAGCUUGACACUAUUCUUUGCCUGGCAGAAUAAGCUAACAGGCAACAUUCCUGUAAGUAUUGCUGAUUGCCAGAAUCUUCAGGCUCUUGAUCUAUCCUACAAUAACCUUUUCGGUUCAAUACCGAAACAGGUUUUCGGAUUGAGAAACCUCACCAAACUGCUGCUACUUUCCAAUGAUUUAUCUGGUUUUAUACCAUCUGAUAUAGGAAACUGCACAAACCUGUAUAGGUUGAGAUUGAAUGGCAAUAGACUGGCUGGUACUCUUCCAUCAGAGAUUGGAGACCUUAAGAGCUUAAAUUUUGUUGACAUCAGUAACAAUCGUCUCGUCGGAGGAAUUCCUCCGUCUAUAUUCGGAUGCCAGAGCCUCGAGUUUCUUGAUCUCCAUUCGAAUGGCCUCGCGGGUUCUCUACCUGAAACUCUGCCUAAGAGCCUGCAGUUUGUGGACAUUUCAGAUAACAGGCUUACAGGUUCACUGACUGAAAGUGUUGGGUCGUUAACCGAACUAACGAAGCUCAAUCUGGCAAAGAAUCAACUCUCUGGAAGAAUCCCAGCGGAGAUAUUGGCUUGCAGCAAGCUACAAUUGUUGAACUUGGGAGAUAAUGGCUUCUCAGGAGAGAUUCCAAAGGAACUCUGUCAACUUCCCGCACUAGAAAUCUCUCUCAAUCUUAGCUUCAACCAACUUUUUGGUGACAUUCCGUCUGAAUUCUCCGGUCUUAGCAAGCUAGGAUUAAUUGAUCUUUCCCACAACAAGCUCAGUGGGAAUUUAGAUGCAAUUGCAAAUCUUCAAAACCUUGUUUCUCUCAAUGUCUCCUUCAAUGAGUUUUCUGGUGAAUUGCCUAACACCCCAUUUUUUCGCAAACUCCCUCUUAGUGACCUUGCUUCAAACAAAGGUCUCUAUAUCUCUGGUGGGGUCGCAUCACCUGGUGAUAGUCGUGGACCGGAAGCGCAUACUAGAUCAGCAAUGAAGAUGAUCAUGUCAAUCCUUCUUAGUGCUAGUGCAGUACUAGUACUUCUUACUAUCUAUGUAUUACUCCGAAUUCGAAUGGCAAACAAAGGGCUCAUGGAAGACGAUACUUGGGAGAUGACUUUGUAUCAGAAGCUCGAGUUCUCCAUCGAUGACAUUGUCAAGAAUCUAACAUCAGCUAAUGUGAUAGGCACCGGUAGCUCAGGAGUUGUAUACAGGGUUACAAUUCCAAAUGGGGAAACAUUAGCAGUGAAGAAGAUGUGGUCAACAGAGGAAUCAGGGGCUUUCACUACUGAAAUCCAGACUCUGGGUUCGAUUAGACACCGGAACAUUGUGAGGCUUUUGGGUUGGGGAUCAAACCGAAACCUGAAGCUACUGUUCUAUGAUUACCUCCCAAAUGGAAGCUUAAGCUCACUCCUCCAUGGAGCUGUUAAGAGAACAGCAGAUUGGGAGGCAAGAUAUGAUGUUGUGUUGUGUGUAGCACAUGCCUUGGCAUACUUGCACCAUGACUGUGUGCCUGCUAUUUUACAUGGUGAUGUGAAAGCCAUGAAUGUCUUGUUAGGUCCAAGAAAUGAGGCUUACCUGGCUGACUUUGGACUUGCUAGAGUUGUCAGUAGAAAUAGUGUUGAUGGUUUAUCCAAACCAAGUCAAAGGCCUCAACUUGCUGGUUCAUAUGGGUAUAUGGCACCAGAGCAUGGAUCAAUGCAGAGAAUCACAGAGAAAAGUGAUGUCUACAGUUUUGGUGUGGUUCUUUUAGAGGUUUUGACAGGGAGGCACCCAUUAGACCCAACCUUGCCAGGGGGUGCACCAUUGGUUCAGUGGGCUAAGGACCACUUAGCAAGCAAGAAAAACCCAGUUGACAUUCUUGAUGCAAGACUCAGAGGGAGGGCAGACCCUACAAUGCAUGAAAUGCUCCAAACUUUAGCAGUUUCAUUCCUCUGCAUCAGCUCAAGAGCCGAUGAUCGUCCGAUGAUGAAAGACGUGGUCGCAAUGCUCAAAGAAAUUCGACAUGUUGAGGGUGUAAGAUCAGAUCCUGACAUCUCAAAGGGGAACUUGUCAGUAGUUCGAUCCCCUCCGACAAAGAUUGUAGUCUCGCAAGGAUCUUCUAACUGCUCAUUUGCCUUCUCGGAUGAGUCUAUCGAAUCAUCUGAUAAAACAGUACAAUGAGAAAGCCAAAGUGCUUCACAAUUGUGCAUAAACGGAUGGAGACUAAAUCAUCAGAGCCAGGUAACACACAGGGAGGGAAUUUUGGAGUUGAUUUUUGUUCUCCUUCAAAUUUUUAAUCUGUAUUGCGUAUCUGGGUGUUGGUAGUUUUAAUUUUUUAAUCUGUAAUUUUUAUGGAAUGUAGUGUAUUAUCAGAUGUAACAAAAAUAAGAUAGAUUUCUGGGUUUUCAAGGAAAGUGCCAAAACUAGUAGGGAAUUACCUAGGAAUUGGAGAUGUCAAUGGUUCAUCUGUCAUCUGUGUAGGUGAGAGAAUUGAUGAAUGUAGGACAUGUAGAAACUGGAACAAUGAUUGGGUGUUUUGGUCUCAUGUUGUUUAGAAUUUAUUGCAAGAAAAAAAUGAGAUUCCUCUUUA